AUGUUAUCCAAUCCCCAGCAUUUAUCCUUACAGUUGAAACUGAAAAAUCACCCCAGCUAUAAAUGGACAACUAUCAGUUUCUUUGUUCUUGUAUACGCGACAUUAACCUCUUCAGCUGCUGCUCCUUUUACAAUGAAACGUCCUUUAAUAGAUACCCUCCAAUCGAAAGAACCACUCCAGAAUGAUUUAUACUUCAAUCCAACUAAUACAUCAAAUAUCGAUUGUGAUCACUGGAGAAAUUCAUAUUUAAAUGGAUCUACCGCGAUCACCUCAACAGAUUCGUCAUUGUACGGUACACCUCUGCUACCGGUCAGUUUUAUCGUUGAAAUGAUCCCUUAUCCAAGAUUAACAUCAGGGCGGUCAUUUUUCUUCACUCGCCUGGAUAAUUACAAUCGUAUACGUUUAGCAAUAGGUAUAAAUCAAUGGGGUAAAACAGGAGAAAGUAUGGAGCUUUGGAUACAUCAUGAAUUAUUCUAUAGUAUUGAACCAACUCCAAGAAUUUCCAGGUACUAUACUGGAUCAGGUUUAGUGAAUCAUGCUGGUCUUGUUGUGGUGCCAUUACCAAAUUAUCAAUAUGCAAAUCAAGCAAAACCGAUUACCUUGAUUAUUGAAAUUACAGAUGUCUGUGUUAAAGUGUUCAACAAAUUUAACUCGUUCAAAAAACCGCUUUACCAAAUUUAUUAUCACCAAAAUAUCAAGUAUCAUCAUUUACACGGAGAUACAUUUGAAAAUAAAUCAGAACAAUCGUCAAUGUUGGAUAGAUUUUAUAUUCUUUCUGGAGGACCACAUCAUGGGGAUAAAUUUAUGGGAUUCACGAAACAGUUGAAAAUGUUUUUCACUGAAUAUGGUGCUAGAAAAUACUCUUCCGACAACAGCCAUUUCAAAUCAUGUGAAUAUGGAAUAAGCCUAGAGAAUAUUACAAAUGAAUGGAAGAAAUUGAAUUUGUUUGAUCAAUCAAACCAAACAGGUGAGCAAAUUUGA